AUGAAUAUCUUCAGGUUGUUAGCAGAUUUAACACACAUUGCUAGUAUACUUAUCUUGAUUCAAACUAUCAAGAAGACUAGCUCCAUUAGUGGUAUUUCCAUAAAGACACAAGUUCUGUAUGCUUUGGUGUUUGUAUGCAGAUACUUAGACCUGCUCACUUUCCAUUAUAAAUCAUUCUAUUUGACAGUAAUGAAGAUUUUUUUCAUUACUUCAUCGGUAUACACUGUUUAUCUACUGUCUACAUUCAAACAAAAAAACCCAAUAGCAUACCAGGAGAUGAUAAUGGCAGAUGCAUUCAAGGUACAAUAUUUGCUGGCUCCUUGCUUGGUUUUGGCCUUUGUAUUCAAUCAUGGAUUUGACUUUUUGUCCUUGAACAAAAGCUUCUCUAUGUGGCUAGAAAGUGUCUCCAUUAUGCCACAAUUAUUCAUGCUUUCUAAGAGCGGAAAAGCAACAGCACUAACGACUCAUUACAUUUUUGCUUUGGGUCUUUAUAGAGCUUUGUAUAUUCCAAACUGGAUUUGGAGAUAUUUCUAUGAGGAUAGGUUUGAUAAAUUGGCCUUUGUCACCGGCUUUGUUCAAACGUUAGUCUAUUCGGAUUUCUUCUACAUUUAUUACAAGAAAAUUGUCAAGGGUCUUGGCUUCAGAUUACCAAAAUAA